UAUUUUUGUUCCACAAUGGGUGUGAAUCAGUGUGUGAAAGUAACUCUCUUUUUAAGUCUCUUAGUAUUAUUUUGCUCUUCUUUUUCUUCAUCAGAAGAUGUGAAGCUUAAAGUGAAAGGGGUCACAAACAUUGCUACAACUGAUGAGAAUUUCAUAUGUGCAACAUUGGAUUGGUGGCCAUCUAAUAAAUGUGACUAUAACCAAUGUCCAUGGGGAAAAGCUGGGAUUCUCAACCUGGAUUUGAAUAACACGAUACUCUCAAAUGCAAUCAAAGCAUUCAAUCCUCUGAGGAUUAGAUUAGGAGGUUCACUACAAGAUCAAAUUAUUUACCAAUUUGGGAAGCAAAAGCACUGUCCAACUAUGAGAAAGAAAGAGAACGGCUUGUUUGGAUUCAGUGUUGGAUGCCUUCCCAAGAAGAGAUGGGAUGAAGUGAAUCACUUUUUGAACAAAACCGGUGUCAAAUUUACAUUUGGCUUAAACGCACUCGUUGGCAAGAAAAAUUCCAAGGAAGACCAAUUAAACUGGAAGGGAGAUUGGAAUCCAAACAAUGCCAUAAGCCUCAUGAAGUACACUGUCUCAAAAGGAUACAAUAUAGACUCAUAUGAAUUAGGAAACGAGCUAUGCUCUGAAGGAGUAUCAGCAAGAAUAGAUAGUGUUCAAUAUGCAAAAGAUAUCACAAAACUAAGGCACAUAGUUAACUCAUUAUACCCAAAUGCCACAACAAGACCAAAGGUGAUGGGUCCAGCUGGAUUUUAUGGUAAAGAAUGGUUUGAUAGCUUCUUGCAACAUGUUGGACCUGGUGUCAUUGAUGGAGUUACACAUCACAUUUAUAACCUUGGUGCUGGUGUUGAUAGGGAUCUUAUUAGCAAGGUUCAAGACCCAUAUUUUUUGAGCAAAAUUGCACAAACUUUCAAAGAUGUUUCAACGGCCGUGAAGGAAUUCACACCAUGGGCUGGAGCAUGGGUUGGAGAAUCUGGUGGAGCUUAUAAUAGUGGAGGCAAAGAUGUAUCACAUACUUUGUGGGAAUAA